AUGCCUGCCGGUCAUGGUUUACGUUCACGUACAAGGGAUUCCUUCUCUCGUCCCUUCCGCAAGAAGGGAACAAUUGCCCUUGCCACAUAUCUCAGGACUUAUCACAUCGGUGACUAUGUUGACAUCAGGGUUAACGGUGCUGUUCAUAAGGGUAUGCCGCAUAAAUUCUAUCACGGUCGUACCGGUCGCGUCUGGAACGUCACCAAACGUGCCAUCGGUGUCGAAGUCAACAAGCAGGUGAGGAACAAGAUCUUGAGGAAGAGGAUUCAUGUUCGAGUGGAGCAUGUUAUGCCUUCUAGAUGCACAGAGGAAUUCAGAUUGAGGAAGAUCCAGAAUGAUAAAUUGAAGGCUGAGGCUAAGGCCAAGGGAGAGGUAAUCAGCACCAAGCGCAAGCCAGAGGGCCCCAAACCUGGCUUCAAGGUUGAAGGUGCUACAUUGGAGACUGUUACUCCAAUACCCUAUGAUGUUGUCAAUGAUCUCAAAGGAGGAUAUUAG